AUGAUGGAGGCCGAAACUGAAGAUUUUUUUACAGAGCAGAACGUAAUUGACGGUUUUGUAUUUCAGGUUGGAUCGCUUGAAGCCCUGUAUUUGGCACAAAGAGGCCAUCGAGUGUCCUUAUAUGAAUACCGCGAAGAUAUAAGGAAGACUCCUCAAGUCCGGGGGCGUUCAAUAAACUUAGCGUUAUCUGUGCGUGGACGACAGGCAUUGAAAGGUGUGGGUUUGGAAGACCAGAUGAUUCAUGAGCAUGGCAUACCAAUGAGAGCAAGAAUGAUUCAUAGACUUGAUGGUUCCACAUACUCCAUGCCUUAUGACGCUAGAACCAAUCAGUGCAUUUAUUCUGUUGGUCGGAAUUAUUUAAACGGACUGCUUUUAAAAGAAUCAGAGAAAUACGACAACGUGCAAAAAUUCUUCAACUACAAAUUAAUACAAACGAAUUUGAAGAAUGGAUCGCUGACAUUUACAAAUACCGCUACUAAAGAGACAGUGGAAGUAAACGCGGAUCUGAUCAUCGGUGCUGAUGGUGCCUUCUCCGCUGUACGCAAGGAGAUGAUGAAACAACCGCUGUUUAAUUUCAGUCAGGAGUACAUUGAACACGGAUACUUAGAACUAUGCAUACCACCAGGAAGCGAUGAUGGUUUCCAAAUGCCACCAAAUUACUUACAUAUUUGGCCGAGAGGUCAAUUUAUGAUGAUCGCUCUCCCAAAUCAAGAUUGUUCUUGGACGGUUACACUUUUUAUGCCUUUCAAGAAUUUCAAAAAUAUUAAUUCCGAAGAAGUUCUUAUAGAUUUCUUUGAGAAAUACUUUCCUGAUUCAAUACCAUUGAUAGGAAAGAAGAAAUUAAUAGAAGAUUUUUUCGCUGGUUCCCCUUCACCACUAGUUACCGUAAAAUGUCGUCCGUAUCACGUUAAAGACAAGGCUCUUAUUAUUGGAGAUGCGGCUCACGCCGUGGUUCCUUUCUAUGGUCAAGGAAUGAACGCUGGCUUCGAAGACUGCACUCUAUUAGAUGAACUGUUCAAGAAACACAACGAUCAUCUCGCUAGCAUUCUUGAAGAGUUCUCUACUACAAGAUGGCGUGACACUUUCGCGAUUAGCGAUCUGGCUAUGUAUAAUUAUAUAGAGAUGCGAGACUUGGUUAAUCGUCCUUCAUAUAAACUACGCAAAGCCUUAGACGACUUUUUGUUCUGGCUAAUGCCAGAUACUUGGGUGCCUCUUUACAACUCUGUCACAUUUACCUCCAUGCCUUACAGUCAGUGCGUCAAAAAUCGAACUUGGCAAAAUAAGGUACUCGCAAUGGUUAUACUUUUCGUCUGUCUUCUAGUAUUCCUAUUUUUGAUAUAUACCAGAAAGUGA